UAGGGUCUCAAUCCAAUAUAUGGUCUAUAUAGGAUGACUUGCAAACAGUUGCCACAGGCACACACAAAACACUCGACAUGAUCGCACAGGAGGCAGCAUCAGAUUUAAAGCAGCUAUUUGCUUCAGCGCUCAAAUAUCAUGGAUGAUAACCAAGAUGUGUGUGUCUCCUCAGUCCUGAAGAAUGAGCUGCAGAAAGUCGUUCAGUACAGAAAAACCUCCAAGAAGAGAAACGCUGGAGCUCAUCACCCGAACUUCUCCAAAGACUUGAAGACUGCUAUUGAAAAAUACAACGCGGAUCUCUCAGCACUGACGAAAACGUGUGAGGAGAUGAAGAAACUCUACUCUGUCACACUGGUUAAAUUUGGAGAACCAGCAGACCAAGACUCUCAGGACCUCUUUGGGCUGAUCUGUCAGUUCAUCCAUGACUUCAAGAGGGCUCAUGCUGAAACUGUAUGAUAGUGGACAGAAUACAUAUUAGCAGCCACUGACACUGCUGUUUUAUGAUGUUUGUUAAAUAAAAAAAAUAAACGGAUCCCAUAUUUUCAUUCACAACUCAAAUGAUUUAGAUACAAAAAUGUACGGUGGGAUGCAGUAUAAUUUAGAUUUCAGUAAAUAAAGAUGAUAAAGAAGAAAUAAGACUAUAUGAUCUUUUUUUGGUUUUCAUUGCCUGCGUUGUUGUACAGACAUUUUAUUUUAUAAUGGGCAAACUGUAUUGUGAUCAUGUUCCUGAAUGACAGGUUGACGAUGUCAGUGGGAAUCAAUUUUGUGAAAAUAAAACUGAUCUACGUCCCGUGAUUUCUUGUCAGCGUCUGGUUUGAUUUGGUCUGGCUUUUUGUUUACUGACAUUUGUUUUGAGACAAAUCAGUAAUGAAGCAUUCGAAACCCCUCGGCUGUAUGAAACACUCAGAUGCUGAAGUGUGCGGCUAAUACCCACAGCUCUCUGCUGGCAGAGGAACAAACUAGACAACACUUCAGAGGCCAGCUGAGGCGGGCGUUCUUUGGGUGUGUGAUGAUUUUGAA